GCUCCCCCUCGGGCGCGCGGCCGCAGCCGGCGGGGCCGGGCCGGGCCGGGCCGGGAUGGCGGCGGGGGCGGCGGGGGCGGCGGGGGCCGCGCGGGGCCGGGCCCGGGGCCGCUGACAGCCGCCGCCGCGCCAUGUACGCCAAGGGCAAGGGCUCCGGCGUGCCCUCGGACGGCCAGGCCCGCGAGAAGCUGGCGCUCUACGUCUACGAGUACCUGCUGCACGUGGGGGCCCAGAAAUCCGCCCAGACCUUCCUGUCGGAGAUCCGAUGGGAGAAGAACAUCACGCUGGGGGAGCCCCCCGGCUUCCUGCACUCCUGGUGGUGUGUCUUCUGGGACCUGUACUGUGCCGCCCCGGAUCGCCGGGAGACCUGUGAGCAUUCCAGCGAGGCCAAAGCCUUCCAUGACUACAGCGCGGCGGCCGCGCCCAGCCCGGUGAUGGGGAACCUGCCCCCCGGGGAUGGCAUGUCAGGGGGGCCUGUGCCCCCCGCCUUCUUCCAGCCCUUCAUGUCCCCCCGCUACCCCGGCGGCCCCCGGCCCCCGCUCCGGAUGCCCAACCAGCCCCCCGUGGGUGUUCCCGGCUCCCAGCCGCUGCUGCCCAAUGCCAUGGAUCCGGCUGUGCGCUCACAGGGACAUCCUGGAAUGGGGGGCCCGAUGCAGCGCAUGAACCCCCCCCGAGGCAUGGCCGGAAUGGGACCCCAGACCUACGGCAGUGGGAUGCGCCCCCCCCCCAGCUCGCUGGCCGGUCCUGGCAUGCCUACCAUGAACAUGGGUCCCGGUGGCCGCGGGCCCUGGCCCAACCCCAACGCCAACUCUAUCGCCUACUCCUCCUCGUCCCCUGGGAACUACGUGGGCCCUCCUGGGGGUGGUGGCCCCCCCGGUACCCCCAUCCUGCCCAGCCCCGGAGACUCCACCAACUCCAGUGAGAACAUGUACACCAUGAUGAACCCCAUCGGCCCCGCGGGGAACCGGCCCAACUUCCCGAUGGGGCCCGGCCCCGAGGGGCCCAUGGGUGGGAUGAGCGCGAUGGAGCCGCAUCACAUGAACGGAUCCCUAGGCUCCGGGGACAUGGAUGGGCUGCCAAAGGUGAGUGUGGGAACCCUGGGACCCCCACAGUGCUGGGACCCCAUUUAUUGGGACUCCCCAUGUACUGAGACCCCCCCAUAUACUGGGACCCCAUUUAUUUCUCCCUCCCCCUCUCAUGUACUGGGACCCCAUUUAUUUCUCCUUCACCCAAUGCCCUGUGACCCCCCCCAGUGCCCUGGGACCCCAUUUAGUGCCCCCCACAAUGCCCUGGGACCCCAUUUAUUCCCCCCCCAAUGCCCUGGGACCCCAUUUAGUGCCCCCCCCAAUGCCCUGAGACCCCAUUUAUUCCCCCCCCCAAUGCCCUGGGACCCCAUUUAUUCCCCCCCCAAUGCCCUGGGACCCCAUUUAGUGCCCCCCACAAUGCCCUGGGACCCCAUUUAUUCCCUCCCCAAUGCCCUGGGACCCUAUUUAUUCCCCCCUCAAUGCCCUGAGACCCCAUUUAUUCCCCCCACAGUACACUGGGAUCCUCUCACCCCAGUGGGACCCCAGUUAUUUUCCCCCUCUUGUACUGGGACCCCAUUUAUUCCCCCCACAAUACACUGGGAUGCUCCCACCCCAACGGGACCCCAUUUUUUCCCCCCACAAUGUACUAGAACCCCAUUUAUUCCCCUCAAAAUGCUCUGGGACCCCAUUUAAUACCCCCCCAAUACA